ACAACUCAAGCAUUUCUUCACACACAAGCUCUUGCAUUUUUUGGUAUUGUUCUCUGUGCAAUUCAUCUCAAGAAACAAUGGGCUUCCGCUUACCCGGUAUUAGAAGAUCAUCUUUUGCUGUCACCAAAGCAGCUUCCAAGGCUGUGGAGGUCCCAAAAGGCUAUCUAGCAGUCUAUGUUGGAGAGAAAAUGAAGCGGUUCGUGAUUCCUAUUUCAUACUUGAAUCAACCUUUAUUUCAAGAAUUGUUGAGCCAAGCUGAGGAAGAAUUCGGGUAUGCCCAUCCAAUGGGUGGUAUCACAAUUCCUUGCAGGGAAGAGGCUUUCUUAGAUCUCACUUCUCGUUUGAAUAGGCUAUAAAUCAUAUUGGAGGAGACUCACGUAGAUUAGUUGAGACAAACUGUACAGAAGACAAUUUUAUUUAUUUAUUUAUUAUCCUUCGUUUGUAAGUGGAAAACACUAUAUAAGUGAGAAAGUAUACAGAAAUGUCAUAUUUCUUUUUUUGGUGAAGUUUCAAUG